AUGACGGAUGCAUAUGGCUGGGAAGAUCCACUGGUAGCGUCACGGCCAUUUCCAGUCGGUACCCAACAAUCAGAACUGGAUAUGCGCAAAGGACCAAUUACUGCUUUGCAGGGUGUCGGCGAUUGCAUGAUUUAUUCCGCAUCGGCCACAAGCAGGCCCGCGAUUUGCCUCAUUCCGGUAGUCCUGAUAAUUUUGAAAUUGCUUGAUGUGCGCUAUUUCUGGUAUGUACAAGCAGAUCCGCUUGAGCAGCUCAUUCAAGCCGCUUUAGUCACAUUUCGGUCAGUAUCAGAAAAGCUAGUGGAUAUGUGUCCCAUGUGCCGAAAACUUACGCCGGCAGCAAUUAGUGGUCGUUGGCAUAUCAGCUACAUGAGCAAAAAUCUCCUUAUCACGACCAUUAACGAUCUGAACAGAAUAAUCGAUCGGUUACAAACUAAUCAGCCGAUUUCGAUUGGAAAAUCACUUAGUAUACUUUUCGCCUCCAAACCCGAUUUUCGGUGCGCCGACAUUACAAGUUUGUUUCAUUUUUAUGAGUUUUUGCUAAGCAGCGCCACAGCGCUGCUAUAG